AUGGCUCCAUCACUCGAAGAGCCGAUACAGCCAGUCGACGACGCCCUCGAUUCGCACCUUCGGAAGCAGCCCGCUUUGAAAGCAGCUCCCCCAGAACACUGUCCUGGUCCUGAAAGUGAACAGGCGGGCAAGCAAGAUGCCUGCGCGGGGUGUCCUAACCAGGCGAUCUGCGCCUCUGCCCCCAAAGGACCCGACCCGGAUAUACCUAUCAUCACCGAGCGACUGUCGGGCGUGAAGCAUAAGAUACUAGUACUAAGUGGCAAGGGUGGUGUGGGCAAGAGCACUUUCACGACCAUGCUGGCGCAUGCAUUCGCAAGCAAUGCAGAGAACGUGGUCGGAGUCAUGGACACAGAUAUCUGCGGUCCAAGCAUACCCAAGAUGAUGGGCGUGGAGACCGAGACGAUACACGUCAGCAGCACAGGUUGGGAGCCGGUAUGGGUCAGUGAGAACUUGGGCGUCAUGAGCGUGCAGUUCAUGCUGCCAAACCGGGACGAUGCUGUGAUCUGGAGAGGACCGAAGAAGAAUGGGCUGAUCAAGCAGUUCCUGAAAGAUGUGGAAUGGGGUGAGAUGGACUACUUGGUCGUCGAUACGCCUCCUGGAACGAGCGAUGAGCACCUCAGUGUCAACAGCUUUUUGAAAGAGAGCGGUGUCGAUGGAGCAGUACUGGUGACAACUCCACAGGAAGUCAGUCUACUGGACGUCAGGAAGGAGAUUGACUUUUGUCGCAAGGCUGGCAUACCCAUUCUAGGACUCGUGGAGAACAUGUCUGGCUUCGUAUGCCCGAAGUGUACGCAUCAGUCGGAGAUCUUUCGACCGACGACUGGUGGUGGUAGACAGCUUGCCAAGGAUACCAACAUUCCUUUCUUGGGCGCUGUGCCUCUUGACCCACGCAUAGGCAUGAGUUGCGACUAUGGUGAGAGCUUCUUCGACAACUUCGGGGACUCGCCUGCUUGCGAGGCCUUGCGAGACGUCGUACGUAACGUGGCCGAAGUUCUGGGGAUGAAGGGCGAGGAUGUAUUGCCGCUGGACGAUUGA